CUGAAACGACUUCAAAGUGUUCAGUUCUGCUUGACUUGAAAAUGAGUAAGCACAACACCAACGGUUAGUUGAUUCCAAGCUAUCAGAGCGUGCACACACAUACCCGGUGUGCAGUUGGCAUUUUAUAUCUAUUCAGUCAAGUUGCGAUCUCUCCGUUGCGUUCAACGUUCGAGUGUAUUGCGAAUAAAAGCCAAACAUUUUGCCAUCAUCAAAGUGUAUCCGAUUGAGCGUUCAUUGGUAUACAAAUUUCAUUGAGAUUUUUCGCAGAAAUCUGAUAAUAAGAGGUACAAGCAAUAGUGAAGUGAUGUGAAAAAAAUAUGAAUUAACGGAAAUUCAGUGGCAAAUAUGGAUAUGCCAAAUACACAACAGACCAAGUUGAACAAACAUACACAUUGCCAUGGAUAAUUAAUAAAAUUGCCGUGCAAAAAUCAAACAUCAUUCAUAAUCGAUCGUACAACAGGCGAAUAAUAAGAGUGAACAGUUAUUAAAAUAAUAUUAUUGUUUUAGUGAAUGAAAAUUUCCUUGGCACUUCCUUUGCAACUACUGGACAAGGGAAAUUCAAAAAAAAAAUCAUCUAAAAAGAAGUCGAAUAAAUUAUAAACAAACAAAACGUACCGCGUCUUGACUCACUUGAUACUCAUAAAUGAAUCGCCGAACACCGAGAGUGUGUAUAUACUGAUCUAUCUGACGCAAGUGGCACGCCAACCAGCGGCUCUCUCAACACACAUAUAUAUAUUGCGUAUGCAAAAUUCUAAGAAAUUAUCAUUUCACUUUAAUUUGAGUUGAGCUGUUUCUAUUCAUUCACUCGUCUGAUAUUUCGUGAUUAUUUCGCUUCGUUUCAACUGUAUAGCCUUUGCCACUUCUUGAGUAUAGUGAUAAUAAUACAAGACAGACAAAAACACACACUGUAUGUUGUGUGAGCAAAACCGAGCGCAGCCUACAAAGGUAUUGACGAUUCAAAAAAUUAGCGAUCUAUUCAAAUAUUUUGAACCGUUUCAUUUUUCUUUUUUGUUGUUUUCAAACAAAAAUAAAUAAAGAUGAACAAAAUAUGAAGUCCGCUCCAAUUUUCCGGCUCAAAUUCAACUUUAAUUUAAUUACACAGAAUUGACAAAGUUAUAAAUAAAUUUUGUUGGCCGAUGAUUGAAUUACUUGUCGUGCGUGUGUGAUAUUAUAUGUAAACAAUAGAAUCAAAGUUCUAGCUAAUAUUAUUUAAAAAAAAAUUCGCACUGUUUCGUAUUCAUGUUGAAUUCUGCGAACAAAAACAACGAUCCGGACUCAUUGAAUAUUAAACAUUUCACGCGAACUGCAAAUCACUAGCUACCAACACAUCAUAAACAAAAUUUAAUCAAACCAAUUUUCGAAUUUAUCAAGAAAAUAAAAACUGCUGGAAAAUGGCUGGAAAAAGUGUGAUUUCUUUAGACGUAGUUAUCAUAGUUUUAUUGAUAGCUUGUGAUAAAUACGCAUGCGCCAUUGACGAUUGUCGAACACAUCAGUUCUCAAAGUCGAUAAAUUCGACGCAAAUGCAGUUUACAAAGGAGGCAGUCAGCCGAGAAUAUGCUCUUAACGGACAGUUCAAAAGUCUACAAUGCUGUUCCAAAGGUUAUCGCUCAGUAGAAUGGUUUAAAAACGGAAAACCGUACCCGUGGUCUUCGUCAUUAAUUCUGUAUCCACAAGCAGAAAACCAAACGAUUUACACGAGACAUGCAACAGUCAACGACAACGGCAAUUACACAUGUGUCAUUCGCAAUGAUACUCAUAAAAUGGAGCAUAUUAUCGAAUUCACUGUCCAAGCAAGUUUGCCGGAUUCCCCGUUGGCUACAUACAAACCACACGAUCAAUACAUCGAACUUGGCAAUGAAGCGCGCUUCUAUUGCGAAGCGUUUGUCGGAUCGAUCCGUUUGCCAGAUUCAAAAAAUUUCAUUUCAUGGUUCCAAGUGUUUGAAGACGGCAUGGAACAAAACAUUAAAUCACAGGAAUUAAUCAGAAGAGAGGAUGAUCAAAUAGUUGGGGCCCUGUUGAUAGUCCCAGCGGUUGAACUGCACAAUUACGGUAGAUAUCUAUGCCGUAUUGAAAAUGGAAAUGCCGCACACCGUCUUGAGAUGUCUGCUUGGCUAUUUGGAACACCAGUUCACGCGCGGAAUGACUCAUUGUUUCCGGCCCUUGUGCUCGCAAUCAGUGCGGUAACACUGGUGAUUCUUUUGAUGUUUGCUAUAAAAUACAUCUCCGUAUAUGCAACAUCUUAUCAUCGGCGCGAUAAAAAAUUAUGCCACUCGAUGAAUUCAAGUGAAUCCAUUAGAAUUAGAGAAGUAGUUUAAGUCAAACAUUUACCAUGACAGCUGACGAUAUAUUUAAAAAAAAACAGUUCGAUCCAAUUCAAUCCAUUUAUUUAAUCAUCUAUAAAUUAUAACACGCGUUCCAUUAUUUGGCGGAAAUUGUCAACAAGAGAUAUCAGCUGUUGUUGAUAAAAUGAUUUUUACGAAUUUUUUUUUGUCUCAUAAAGUAAGCAUUUGAAAAGGUCGAUUUUUGAAUUUUUCGGUGAUUUCAUUAAUUUUAUUUGCGAUUUUUGUAUGUUCCAUUGCCAUGCGCACUGAUUGAAGAUUUUUUUCGAUGAUAAAGAUAACAGAAAUGAUAGUCAAAAAAUUAAAAUCAUGUAAUAUAAUUAUGCUCUAAUUUAUUGAUUGAUUUUUCGCAUUGGAGAUGCUUAUAGCCUUUAGUUGUUGAAAGUAUCGAAGGAAAUUUGAAAUAAUCUGUCCUCAAAAGUAGAUUUAACGUUAAUUUUAUGAAUGGCAGCGGAACGUUUAUCUUGCUUGCAUAAGUAAGAAGAGAGAUACAUUCAAAGAAUAUAUGUUUUAAAUGAUAAUUUAAGUAUUUGUCGACGAAUGUGACUGUAAUUUGCUUUAAAAUAUGAAAAUAAAUGAAUCAUUUUAUUUCUUAACUUAUAAA